AUGGCGGACCACAUGUCAUUCCUCCUUUUUGGAGACCAGUCGCUCGACACUCAUGGCUUCCUUGCCGACUUCUUCCGUGCUGGCCAUCCGGGAGUCCUGGCGCGAGAAUUCUUGAGACAGGUCGGAGAUGCUCUCAGAGACGAAAUAGAUGCUCUGCCACCGAUCGAGCGAGCUUCAAUCCCGGUCUUCAGGACGUUGCAACAGCUCAAUGAAAAGUACCACGCGCAGUCAUCCAAGGUGCCUGGUGUAGACAGUGCUCUUCUGUGUGUAGCACAGCUCGCGCAUUACAUUGACCUUUCCGAGAAGCAACAUGAGGAUGCCACGACAGCCGAGAACAGGAUUCUCUCAGGGCUCUGUACAGGCCUCUUUGCUGCAUCAGCCAUUGCUUCAAGUCCUUCCCUUUCGACCCUUUUGCCAGUGGCAGUUCAGGUAGUCCUGAUGGCGUUCAGAACUGGCAACCACGUUGCGUCCAUGGCUGAGAGGCUGAGUCCCGCCACCAAGUCAAUGGAGAGCUGGACUUAUGUUCUUCCCGGUGUCAAGGAAUCUGAAGCACGGUCCUCACUGGACGAGUUCCACAAGGACGAGGGUAUCACUUCUGCCACACAAGUCUACAUCAGUGCCAUCUCUGGCAGUAAUGUCGCUCUGUCUGGGCCGCCCGCAACGCUCAAGCUUCUCUUCAGCAAAGAUUUGUUCGAGUCAAGGCCAACGGCCAUCCCAGUUUAUGGCCCGUACCAUGCACCGCAUUUGCACAAAUCAACAGACAUCCGCAGGCUACUUCGCUUGGACGAUAAGGCUACGGAGGCGGCUCUCGCGGGCUCCAGGCCCCAGAGCAAGGUCGUGUCUUGCGUCACAGGCAUCCCUUUUGCCCAGAGAGAAACCGCUCAGCUCAUCGCGGCCGUCGUUGGCGAGAUCCUGAAUGCACCAUUGCACUUUCAGCAAGCUCUAAACGGAUGUAUCGAGUCGGCGAAGGGCUUCGGUGGGAAGAGAGCAGUGAUCAUCCCAUGCGGCCCUACGCAAGCUGCCAGCACGUUUGCGAAAGCUCUAGCCUCCCAGACUAGUCUGAAGGUUGAGCUGCGAGAGCCACCACAAGUUGCAAGACACACUGGCGCUGCCAGCAUAGGCAAUCACGGAUCGCUAGGUCGGUGCAAGCUCGCGAUUGUGGGCAUGGCUGGGCGCUUCCCAGACUCUGAGAGCCACGAGGCUCUCUGGGACCUGCUUGAAAAGGGCAUUGACGCUCACCGGGUCGUUCCCGCUGAUCGAUUUCCCCAUGAGACCCAUGUCGACCCGACAGGAAAGUCCAUCAACACAAGCCACACCCCUUACGGCAACUGGAUUAAAAACCCUGGUCACUUUGAUCCCAGGUUUUUCAACAUGUCUCCUCGCGAGGCAUACCAGACAGACCCCAUGCAGCGCAUGGCAUUGACUACCGCUUAUGAAGCAUUGGAGAUGUCUGGGUACGUGCCGAACCGGACGCCGUCAACAAGACUUGACCGGAUCGGCACGUUCUACGGGCAGACCUCGGAUGACUGGAGAGAGAUCAAUGCCGCGCAAGAGGUGGACACCUACUUCAUCACAGGUGGUGUCAGAGCAUUUGGUCCUGGUCGCAUCAACUACCACUUCGGCUUCAGUGGCCCAAGCUUCAGUGUGGACACUGCUUGCUCAUCGAGUGCAGCCGCGAUGAACAUCGCAUGCUCGUCCCUGUGGAACAAGGACUGCGACACUGCCAUCGUCGGUGGGUUGUCUUGCAUGACCAACUCGGACAUCUUCAGCGGUCUCAGUCGGGGCCAAUUCCUCUCAAAAUCGCACAACUGCAACACAUUUGACAAUGACGCGGAUGGCUACUGUCGUGCAGAUGCCUGCGCCUCGAUCAUUGUCAAGCGCCUCGACGACGCACUGGCAGACCAGGACAACAUUCUCGCCGUUGUCCUCGGCACUCAGACCAACCACUCUGCUGAUGCUGUCUCGAUAACACAUCCCCAUGGGCCUACUCAAUCCAUCCUCUCCUCGUCGAUCUUGGAUGAGGCUGGUGUUGACCCACUCGAUGUCGACUACGUUGAAAUGCACGGCACUGGUACGCAAGCCGGCGAUGGGACUGAGAUGAAGUCUGUCACCGAUGUCUUUGCGCCUCGCGAUCGCCUCCGACCCGCCGACCGCCCUCUUUAUCUGGGUGCAGUCAAAUCCAACAUAGGCCAUGGCGAGGCUGCCUCUGGAAUCACUGCUCUCGUCAAAGUGUUGAUGAUGCUGAAGAAGAACGCCAUCCCCCCUCACAUUGGUAUCAAGAAGGAAAUCAACAAAACGUUCCCAACGGAUCUUGGUGCACGUGGAGUGAACAUUGCAUUCCACAAGACCCCUUUCGCCAGAAAGGACGGCAAGGCUCGCCGCGUUUUCGUCAACAACUUCAGUGCUGCCGGUGGCAAUACCGGUCUUCUCUUGGAGGACGGGCCCAAGUCGCGGGCUGCAUCGAUCGAUCCACGAACUCAUCAUGUUGUCACUGUGACCGCAAAGUCCAAGGGCGCGAUGAUUCGUAACGCAGAGAACUUGCUUCGAUACAUCGACGAGAACCCUCAUACUUCGGUCUCAAACUUGGCCUAUACCACGACUGCGCGCAGAAUCCAGCACUAUUGGCGCAUGAGUGUUUCCGCCACAAGCUUGAUGGAGGCCAAGGAGGCUAUCCAGGAGCGACUCAAAUCUGCUUUCGUGCCAGUACCUCCAGAGCAGCCCCAAAUCGCCUUCAUGUUCACUGGCCAGGGUUCACAUUACGCGGGCCUCGGGAAGGAUCUAUACUCCCAUCAUUCAGUUUUCCGCACAGCGAUUGACGACUUUGAUCACCUCGCCCAGAUACAUGGUUUCUCCUCGUUCCUGCCCCUAAUUGAUGGCAGCGAGCAGGACAUCCAGAAGUUGUCGCCAGUCAUCGUGCAGCUAGGGCUUGCGUCUUUCGAGAUGGCCAUGGCAAAGCUGUGGGCCUCAUGGGGCAUCAAGCCAAGCGUCGUUCUUGGUCACAGUCUUGGGGAGUACGCUGCGCUGCAUGUUGCUGGCGUAUUGUCUGCGAGCGACACUAUCUACCUUGUUGGCGCUCGCGCCCAACUUCUCGUCGAGAAGUGCACUGCUGGUACGCACGCCAUGCUAGCUGUGCAAGGCUCCGUGGACACAGUCACCGAGGCUCUCGGUGCACGAGCUGAGAACACAAACAUCGCCUGCAUCAACGGUCCACGUGAGACUGUACUGAGCGGCACCGCCGACGAGGUAGCAGAAAUCUCAAGCCUUCUCUCGGGAGCGGGCUUCAAGUGCACGCAGCUCAGGGUACCAUUCGCCUUCCAUUCUGCUCAGGUCGAAGCCAUCUUGGACGAUUUCGAGAGUCUCGCCCGUUCCGUUCACUUCCAACCCGCGCAGGUUCCUAUCAUUUCACCCUUGCUCGGUAAACUUGUCGAGGAGGAAUUGAUUGACGCAUCAUAUCUGCGGCGUCAUGCCCGUGACGCGGUCAACUUCCUUGGUGGACUCGUCUCUGCUCAGCAAGCCAGCGUCAUCGACGAUCGGACUGUGUGGCUCGAGGUCGGGCCUCAUCCUGUGUGUGCCAACAUGGUCAAGGCUGCCUUUGGAGCCACGACUUUGGCUAUCCCCACGUUGCGUCGCAACGAGGCUGCUUACAAGACGUUAUCAAACACACUCUGCACUCUCCACUCGGCUGGAGUCAACUUCGACUGGAAUGAGUUCCACCGGGACUUUGCAGCUUCGGUUCGCCUUUUGGAUCUGCCUGCCUACGCUUUUGACCUCAAGAACUAUUGGCUCCAGUACACAGGUGACUGGUGUUUGACCAAGAACCGUGGCGCGCUUCCGGCCACAAAUCUCAAGGCGAUUGAGCCGGCUAAGCCCAAGCUCUCAACGACAAGCGUGCAGAGGAUCGUCAAGGAAGAGAUCAAUGGAGACAUCGCUAUACUUGAGACGGAGUCUGAGAUGACUGAAGAGAAUCUGCGCAAGGUCUGCUCCGGCCACAUGGUCAACGGUACUGCCUUGACCCCGUCCUCCUUAUAUGGCGAUAUGGCCAUGACGAUCUCCGAGUACGCCUACAAGCUUUUGCGUCCGGAUGCCGGCGAUGUCGGUGUCAAUGUCGCCCACAUGGAGUGUCCGAAGAGCCUCAUCUUCAACCCCAAAGCAGACAGCCAGAUCCUGCGCAUGCGCGCAAAGGUUAAUGCUGCUAGCUCCAGCGCCGAAAUUACCUGGACAACUGGUGAGGGCGCGAAGCUUGUGGAACAUGCCCUCUGCAAGGUCUCCAUUGGCAAGAGACAAGAUUGGCUGAGCGAGUUUGAGCGUGUUGGCUACUUGAUCAAGUCUCGCAUUGACGCUCUUCACGCAGCCGAGGAUCGUGGCGAAGCGUCCAAGGUUGGGCGCGGGCUCGCGUACAAGCUGUUCUCGGCGCUUGUCGACUACGAUCGCCGCUACAGGGGCAUGGAGUCCGUCAUUCUCUUGAGUGACACUUGCGAGGCCACAGCCAAGGUCGUUUUCCAGACGUCUCCUGAAGACGGGUCGUUCCGUUGUGCACCAUACUGGAUCGAUUCUCUGUGCCACAUCUCAGGCUUCAUUCUCAAUGGCACUGACGCUGUCGACUCACGUGAGCAGGUUUUCAUUUCUCAUGGCUGGGGCAGCAUGCGCUUUGCGGAAGACUUCAGCGUGUCCAAGACGUACCGCACCUACAUUCGCAUGCAACCUGUCAAGGAUUCCAAGAUGAUGUCGGGCGACGCCUAUAUCUUUGACGGCGACCGACUGGUUGGCAUGACUGGCGACAUCCGCUUCCAGGCCAUCCCCCGGAAAGUACUAAACAUUGUCCUGCCUCCUCAAGGUUCGGCAGCGGUCGGGGCUGUUACCUCUGCUCCUACCCGUGCAGCCCAGUUGGCAACCAAGCCAGUUCAGCAACGUCGGGAGUCUGCAAAGGAGAAGAAACAGGUCACGUCCUCCAACCUCAAGGCUGUCAACAAGACCUUGGUCAAGUCAUCUGUGGUGGAACAAGUCAUGGAGAUCAUAUCGAAGGAAACUGGUGUCGGCCACGACGAACUUGAUGACAACAUCGCGUUUGCCGAUCUUGGCGUCGACUCUCUGAUGGGCCUCACCAUCAGCGGCCGUCUCCGCGAAGAACUUGAGCUCAACAUUGACUCGCAUGCCUUCCUGGAGCACGCUACCAUUGGCUUGUUCAAAAAGUUCCUUGCUCAGUUCGACUCGACCAUUUCCUCGUCUCCCAUGUCUAGCGGGGCGAGCGGCCAGUCGGAUAGCGACGAAGAGGAAGACAUAGAGGAGUGUGACUCGAACAUCACCACUCCACUCGAGGACAGCGAUGAAGGCUCUGUCAAGUGCGACCCGGUUGACGCCAUCGCUGGCAACAGCGAGCUCCGCCAAAUCGUACGCGAGACGAUCUGCGCUGAGAUGGGUGUCGACGUUGAGGAGAUCGUUGCUGCUCCUGAUCUGGCGGCACUCGGCAUGGACUCGCUGAUGAGUUUGUCUAUUCUCGGCAUCCUCCGAGAGAAGACUGGUCUGAGCAUCCCCAGUGACUUGCUUGGGCACAAUCCGUCCUUGAAAGAUAUCGAGCGGACGCUCGGCAUCGAGGACAAGCCCCCCCGCCGCGCUGCUCCUGCUCCUGCUGCUGGCCUCAGCAAGGUGCAGGUCAAGGUCCAGUCGCAGUCGACAGUGAAGAUUGUCGCAACGAUCCCCCCCGCCAAGGACGCCAGCUCGUGGGGUGAUGCAUACGAGCUGCGCAAAGCAUCGUCCGUUCUCAUGUCUGGGAACCAUCGCACUGCCAAGAAGCAGUUAUUCAUGGUUCCAGACGGAAGUGGCAGCGCCACCUCGUACACUGAAAUCGCCGACCUUGGGCCGGACGUUGCUGUCUGGGGAAUGUUCUCACCUUUCAUGCGGACGCCGCACGAGUACAAGUGUGGUGUGUACGGCAUGGCCACCAAGUUCAUUGAGGAGAUGAAGCGUCGCCAGCCCCAAGGUCCCUACGCCGUCGCCGGCUGGUCUGCUGGAGGGGUCAUUGCCUUUGAAAUGGUCAAUCAGCUCACCAAGGCCAACGAGGAGGUGUCGCACCUCAUCAUCAUCGACGCCCCCUCCCCCAACACUAUUGAGCCUCUCCCUGCUGGCUUGCAUGCCUGGUUCGCCUCCAUCGGACUGCUGGGUGAGGGCGACUCCCCGACCGCGAAGAAAAUACCCGAGUGGCUGCUGCCGCACUUUGCCGCUUCGGUGACUGCGCUGUCCAAUUACACCGCCGAGCCCAUCGCCAAGGACAAGUGCCCCCAGGUUCUCUCCAUCUGGUGCGAAGACGGCGUGUGCAAGGAGCCCACGGAUCCUCGUCCGGAUCCUUACCCGACUGGCCAUGCUCUCUUCCUCCUUGACAACAGAACUGACUUUGGUCCGAAUCGCUGGGACGAGUAUCUCGACCUCAAAAAGAUGACUUUCCGGCACAUGCCAGGCAACCAUUUCUCCAUGAUGCACGGCAAGCCCGCCAAGAAGCUGAAUGAGUUCCUCAAGGAGGGAUUCUGA